UUGCAGGUUCAAGUCAAAUUGCCACCAGAUACCCCAAAUUUGCGUGGUGAUUGGCUCAAGGCCAUAAAUGAGGGCUGUUGCAAUGCUGUCCACAAUGGACCUGUAUUGGGAUUUCCUGUUCAAGAUGUUGUAAUUACUCUGAAGGCGAUCACCACUAGUGGUGGACGUGUGAAUCCUGCAGUCUUAUCGUCUUGUGCACACAAAUGUGUCACCGAGGCGUUUAAGUGCGCGAACGCCCGAUUGGUUGAACCAAUCGUGCAGGUUGAUAUCGUCCUGGGAAAUGGCGCGGAAGCACACACAGUACUGCAUGAGUUGACCCGGCGAAGAGCGGAUAUCAAUAAUUGUUGUGGAACUCAUUUGGGAACAACUAUAAUCCGUGCACAUAUGCCUGUAUCGGAGAUGACUGGUUUCCCAACUACGUUACGAACACUGUCGUCUGGUCUCGCGUCAUUACAUGUACAAAUUGCCAACUACCAAAUCGUUUCAGUUCAUGAUCAAAUAACUAUCGUUAACAGAUUGAAGGGACUUAAGAACAUGAUGGAUGAACUUGCUUUUUUAAUAAAAGGGUACGAUGGUGUUGUAAAUUCGCGGGAUAAAUUCAAGUGGUUGUGUUAUAUGUUCGAAGUAUGCAGAGAGAAACCAGUUCGACUAAAUGGCGAAAAGGUGAGCGCUGAUUUUCUGCACGCAAGUCUACUCAUUCGAUUGCACCAUCUUGGCAGGGAGGAGGUUAGAAGUGAGGUCAACGAUUUACUGAACCACUUGCGAGAAUUCGACGCACAGUUGUAUUAUUUUGUUCUUGUGGCCACCUACCGACUUUCUGACAAGUGCUUGUCUGAGAGCCUUGGAGAUUUCGCCGGCAAAAAAUGGCAGCAUUUCUUCGAUCUACCCACUACUUACCAUGAUAGCUCAUAUGGGUUUUCUCCUGUGCCUUGCUUGUUUUGGGACAUUACUCCUGUUCUCAAUGACGAUCUCAUUGUUCCAGACCUUUUGAACGAAGAUCCAAUUCAAUCUGAUGCUAUUUGUCCGCUCGAUUCACGAGGGGUAAUCACCGAUCUGUACUCGGAGCUGCUGAGCAGCGAUGCAUUGCGCAUUGUUGACCGUGAAGGUGGGUCCUCAUAUUUUCUGUGUUUUGGUCCGCAAGCAGCAACAUUGGCUCUACUCGACAUGUUCGCUGGAGUCAGUUCAGAUAUUUUCCAAGAAGAGGAUGGCAAUUUCUAUCUGGCUAAUAACUGUAAGCUCGAAUCUUGGAGUGUGUCUCGAACUAGAGCUGUGCUAGCAAGCAAAACUGAGGCCGCAAACAGAAUCAGCUCCUUGCGCCAUUGUGUUUUCGAGAAACUUGAGAACAUGGAGAAGUGUAGGCUGUGUGAUAUUCUAAAAUCAACUCUACACAAGAUAAAUGAACUUUUCAGAAACAGUCUUUCUCAAGCAGCCAUUGGCACUCAGAAAAGUGAUAAAUUUCUGGACUUGGAUGACUUCGACCGAGUAGUUGAAUCACAAACGGAAAUUUUGAGUGUCUGCGAGCAAAUAGUUCAGCGGGCUAGUAUCGAGGUGACGCAGCUCGUGUUUCUGAUUCGUUGUUUCCGUGAUUCCACACUCGAGAGCCAUGCUUAUGCUGCAUACGACCUUCUUCUUCGAGGACUGGUCACUAUCAUAGCUAUUUCUGUGUGUGUUUUCGUCAACACCGGUCGUUGUGACUUUUCGGAUCGAGUUUUUAUUGAAGCUACACCAGCACCGUUGUCUUCGGAUAGAAGUGAAUAUGGCGAAAUUUGGGAGUCCAAUCUGAAUGUCAGCCUUCCCAGCUCUCCAGAUCUGCCUGUGCGCCUUUGCCGUGCUGUAGUGAAACAAGGUGUUCUAGUUCGUCUUUUAAGAACUGCUAGAGAUACAGAUUUUGAAGGCCAUGUCAACCUUUUAUCGCUGUACAAUAUCGCAGGCACGCAGAUAACAACCGAUACGCUCGAAGAACUCAAAAAAGUCUCGAAUAUAGUGGAAAAUAUGUUGAAAGAGGAAGUUGACGUAGAAACGCUUAAGAAUUUGGUAGAGCUGGUUGUUAGCUCCUCUUCAAUGUUCAAUAUCUGUGCUGUCGUCACCACGGCUAUCCUUCGUGAUGUGCGCCGAAUGUCUGACGUUAUCAGACACCUAAUCUUCUGUGCUGGUAUUGAUGGUUUUGGCAAAGGGGUGAGCAGACGUUCCCUUAUAUACAAACUAAGAGCAGAGUUACAAGCACGACGAUUCGACUGCCGACAUAUAUCAGCUAUCGACAUUGGUAAGCCAAACCUUCUAGAAUCUGGAACACGACGGUUGCUCAUAACACCCCCAGAGCCACUCUCUGUAGUGAUUACGGCAGGUCAUGCUCGUCGUUAUGUCCGAAUCUACACAUUUCUGGCAGAUCUAACGCGAGCUGUUACUUCUCUCAGUGAAGUUGAACUCCGAGAAACCAAAGUAAGUGUGAGGAAUCGUCGUAAGUUGUUCGCUUACUGUUCUUCAAUGUUAAGAGUGGUUACAGCUACUCGCGAUCAUGUUCUUACUGAGCUCGACGCGGUCUGGAAAUUAUUCAAGAUAUAUGAUCUGGAAAGCGUAAAUACAAUCGACCAUGCUAUAAACGCCCAUAGGAAAGCCAUGAAAAGUAUGAUGCAGCGGACACUAUUGGACAUAGGUGGCUUAACGACUGCACGGACUCUCGGAGUGAUUUGCGAAAGCUGUGUUCGAUUUGCGCAUGCAAUGAAUGCGGCCGAUGAAGCGAGCUCGUUUAUUCAUUAUACGGUCUUUGAGGAGCGAGCCCAACUACUCCGUGAAAGCGUAUUCAUGCAAGCGUGUAUGGGUGCGUUUUUGCUUAUGCGGAUUGUAUUCUACGAGUCAAUUCGGCCAAAAGCCUGUAAUCAAGUGACUGUGAAGUAUAUGGGAGUUAUUUGA